AUGUGUGUAAGAGAGAGAGAGAGAUCCACAUAAAGUUAAUCUUUAGAGUCGGCCGUGAAAUGCAUCACAAUUGAGUUGGGAGAGAGACACAGACCCCAGCAGAGGAAGAAAGAAAAGUCUUAGCAGCCGGAUCGUUCAGCUUCAUCUUCCUCACCACCAUCCUCAUCCUCCAUCAUGUCGGUUCUUCCUCUGCAUCGUAAAAUGCUGCACCAGGUCUGGAGGCUGAGAGGCGUCUUCAUCCUGGUCUGCAGCCCGUUCCUGCUGCUGCCGCUGGCAGUGAGCACCGCGGAAGCGGCCUGUGCUUAUGUCAUAGCCCUGAUGGCGGUUUAUUGGUGCACAGAGGUGCUGCCUCUGGCGGUGACGGCGCUCCUGCCAACCAUCCUGUUCCCCAUGCUUGGCAUCAUGGAGUCCAAAGACGUGUGCAUGCAGUACCUGAAGGACACCAACAUGCUCUUUGUGGGGGGGCUGAUGGUGGCUGUGGCCGUGGAGCACUGGAACCUACACAAACGCAUCGCACUCCGAGUUCUCCUGCUGGUUGGAGUCCGUCCUGCUCUCCUGAUGCUGGGCUUCAUGGGUGUCACAGCGUUCCUGUCUAUGUGGAUCAGCAACACAGCCACCACUGCAAUGAUGGUUCCCAUCGUCCAAGCCGUCCUGGAGCAGCUCAACGGCAAGGUGGGCCCUGCAGCCUCAUCCAGGAACCAGAGCGGGGCCACAAAUCUCCAUCAGAAACCUCCCCAGAAAGAGUCUGGCAUACCACUAACCAGUGUAUGUUCAGAAGAAGGUGUGAGAGGACAGGUUCAGACGCCAGGCAGCUCAGAGGAAACCGCCACCGAAGUGUCACCUGGGCAUGAAGGGAUGUCCCAGGACCCCAAGGAUACAGAGAUUGUAAAACCAACACCUCAAGACAAACCCCCAUCAGACAGCAGCAAAGCAGUUGCCGUAAACCUGGAAAACACUGGCACUGUCCCGGAGCUGGAAGAACUCACCAAUGAGGAAGACGAGACCAGAAGGAUCAGUAAGGGCCUCCUGCUGUGUGUUUGUUACGCUGCCAGCAUCGGAGGGAUCGCCACCCUGACAGGAACCGGACCAAACCUAGUGCUGGUGGGACAGAUGAGCCAACUCUUCCCGCAGAACGGUGACGUGAUCAACUUUGCGUCGUGGUUUGUGUUCGCCUUUCCCACCAUGGUGUUAAUGCUGACGCUGGCCUGGUUCUGGCUGCAGUUCCUCUACAUCGGCAGCAACUUGUGGAGCAUGUGGGGUUGUGGUUCGGUCCCGUCUGAGAAAGAGAAGGCGGCAUAUAAGGUGAUCAAGGAGGAGUAUGACCGACUGGGGCCCAUGAGCUACGGAGAGGGCAGCGUCUUGGCGCUCUUCAUCCUUAUGGUGUCACUGUGGUUCACCCGAGAUCCUCGUUUCAUGGAUGGCUGGGCCACCCACACCUUCAACACCAACGCUGAGUUUGUGACGGACGCCACUGUUUCGCUGUUGGUGUCGGUGCUGCUGUUCGUCCUGCCCUCGGAGCCGCCGUACUACCUCUGCUGCUGGAAGAGCUGCGGCUCAGGUGAGCAGCGCUGCAGCCGAGCAGCUCAACGCUUCCAACAGGCUCAGUCAGGUCUUUGUGUCUCUGUCCAACCAGAGAGCCAAGCUUCUCCAGGCCCCGCCCCUCCUCUUCUCACCUGGCAGGUGACUCAAAAGAAGAUGCCCUGGAACAUUGUGCUGCUGCUGGGAGGGGGCUUCGCUCUGGCCAAAGGCAGCGAGGUGUCCGGCCUGUCCCACUGGCUCGGUGCUCAGAUGACCCCGCUGCACUCCAUCCCCCCGUGGGCCAUCGCCAUCAUCAUUUGCCUCCUUAUCGCCACCUUCACUGAGUGUGCCAGCAACGUCGCCACGGCAACACUCUUUCUGCCCAUUUUGGCCUCCAUGUCGCAGUCCAUUGGCGUGAACCCGCUGUACGUCAUGAUCCCGUGCACCUUAAGCGCCUCCUUUGCCUUCAUGCUGCCUGUGGCCACACCCCCAAAUGCCAUUGUCUUCUCUUCCGGGUUCCUUAAAGUGUCCGACAUGGCUAAAACUGGCGUGGUAAUGAACAUCAUUGGGAUUGGCUGCAUCAGUCUGGCCAUCAACAGCUGGGGGCGUGUCCUUUUCUCUCUGGACUCCUUCCCUUCAUGGGCCAAUGCCACCACAUCAGUGUAGAACCAACAACCUCGGUGUUCAGAUCUGCAGAAACAUGGACUCAUGGCUUUCAGCUUCUCACUGAUGAGUUUGUUCUCCAGAGUUCCACAAAGUUACCAAAGUUUUUGGAGAUCAAAAUUGCAAAUGUUCAUAUUAUAAUGAGCAAACAAUUCAAACAGCAAAAAAUAUCCACAUUUGUAAUAUAAACUUGCAAAAAAAACAUUUUAACAACUGAAAUCCAAUUUGCAGGUCGACUUGGUUUUGACUUCCUUCACAGAAUCUCUGAGCCAAGAUGACAUUAAAGUGGAAACUGGAGAGAAAUACAAAAGUAUUUACUGAAUUUCAUAUUUACAAACAUUUUAAUCAAAAGCAUUAUACAAGACUUUUUUGUGAGUAUAUUUUUAAAAUGCAGCAUGAGAAACAACUAUGAACCUUCACUGAAACAUUCCUGUUGUCCUUCAAGGACGGUAAAAUUUAGAUCAAGCUUGGUCAGUUCACAACCAGUUUUCUUCAUUUAACAUUCAGUAAAUGAAGUUUGGGUCAGAGUCUCUCUGUGUUACCUAAGAGAAACGUGGAGAAGCAGGUUUUUUAGACGUCUUGUGUUGCAGUGGUUUGAAUCUGAAAACGGCAGAUCUAUUGAGGUUUUUGCUGAUCUCUACAAAGGUUUUUAGUUUUUAUAUAAACCAAUAUAAGUAACAAAGGUGUGCCUGUUUGUGUGUGUGUGUGUGUGUGUGUGUGUGUGUUUGUGUAUGCACGUAUGUGUGUGUUGUGUACAUAUGUAUCUUCCUGUUUUUUACAAACCUGUUGCUAACUCCUUUUACUUGUUGAUAAUAAAACUUUAUCACUCAAACAUGUAAA